UAGAAGAGACGGGUCAAGCAUGUCUGGCCCAGGAAGCAGUAGAAGAGACGGGUCAAGUAUGUCUGGCCCAGCAAGCCGUAGAAGAGACGGGUCAAGUAUGUCUGGCCCAGGAAGCAGUAGAAGAGAUGGGUCAAGUAUGUCUGGCCCAGGAAGCAGUAGAGGAGACGGGUCAAGCAUGUCUGGCCCAGGAAGCAGUAGAAGAGACGGGUCAAGCAUGUCUGGCCCAGGAAGCUGUAGAAGAGACGGGUCAAGCAUGUCUGGCCCAGGAAGCAGUAGAAGAGACGGGUCAAGCAUGUCUGGCCCAGCAAGCUGUAGAAGAGACGGGUCAAGCAUGUCUGGCCCAGGAAGCUGUAGAAGAGACGGGUCAAGCAUGUCUGGCCCAGGAAGCCGUAGAAGACACAGGUCAAACAUGUCUGGCCCAGGAAGCCGUAGAAGAGACGGGUCAAGCAUGUCUGGCCCAGGAAGCUGUAGAAGACACGGGUCAAGCAUGUCUGGCCCAGGAAGCUUUAGAAGAGACGGGUCAAGCAUGUCUGGCCCAGGAAGCAGUAGAAGAGACGGGUCAAGCAUGUCUGGCCCAGGAAGCAGUAGAAGAGACGGGUCAAGCAUGUCUGGCCCAGGAAGCUGUAGAAGACACGGGUCAAGCAUGUCUGGCCCAGGAAGCUGUAGAAGAGACGGGUCAAGCUUGUCUGGCCCAGGAAGCCGUAGAAGAGACGGGUCAAGUAUGUCUGGCCCAGGAAGCAGUAGAAGACACGGGUCAAGCAUGUCUGGCCCAGGAAGCCGUAGAAGAGACGGGUCAAGUAUGUCUGGCCCAGGAAGCAGUAGAAGAGAUGGGUCAAGUGUGUCUGGCCCAGGAAGCCGUAGAAGAGACGGGUCAAGUAUGUCUGGCCCAGGAAGCAGUAGAAGAGACGGGUCAAGUAUGUCUAGCCCAGGAAGCAGUAGAACAGAUGGGUCAAGUAUGUCUGCCCCAGCAAGCUGUAGAAGACACGGGUCAAGUAUGUCUGGCCCAGCAAGCUGUAGAAGAGACCAUUUACAGUAUCAGGUAAGUCUAUGAUUGAACAGCACCAUGCUUUGGAGAUGAGCUUGUGUCAUGAACAGUCUUCUCAGAGUUGUCCUCAUGAACAGUCUUCUCAGAGUUGUCCUCAUGAACAGUCUUCUCAGAGUUGUCCUCAUGAACAGUCUUCUCAGAGUUGUCCUCAUGAACAGUCUUCUCAGAGUUGUCCUCAUGAACAGUCUUCUCAGAGUUGUCCUCAUGAACAGUCUUCUCAGAGUUGUCCUCAUGACCAGUCUUCUCAGAGUUGUCCUCAUGAACAGUCUUCUCAGAGUUGUCCUCAUGAACAGUCUUCUCAGAGUUGUCCUCAUGAACAGUCUUCUCAGAGUUGUCCUCAUGAACAGUCUUCUCAGAGUUGUCCUCAUGAACAGUCUUCUCAGAGUUGUCCUUAUUGCUGCGGUUUCCCCUUUCAGAGAAACUCCCUGCUGCAGUAACAUGUUUGUCAAAGGUGUCAGUUAUUGACAUUUUGUCUGUUAUUGUCACGUUCUGACCUUAGUUCUUUUGUUAUGUCUUUGUUUUAGUAUUGGUCAGGGCGUGAGUUGGGGUGAGCAGUCUAUGUUCUUUUUUUCUAUGAUUUGGGAUUUCUGUGUUUGGCCUGGUAUGGUUGUCAAUCAGAGGCAGCUGUCAAUCGGUUGUCCCUGAUUGAGAACCAUCCUUAGGUGGCCUGGUUGUCCCUGAUUGAGAACCAUCCUUAGGUAGCCUGGUUGUCCCUGAUUGAGAACCAUACUUAGGUAGCCUGGUUGUCCCUGAUUGAGAACCAUCCUUAGGUAGCCUGGUUGUCCCUGAUUGAGAACCAUCCUUAGGUAGCCUGGUUGUCCCUGAUUGAGAACCAUCCUUAGGUAGCCUGGUUGUCCCUGAUUGAGAACCAUCCUUAGGCAGCCUGGUUGUCCCUGAUUGAGAACCAUACUUAGGUUGCCUGGUUGUCCCUGAUUGAGAACCAUACUUAGGUUGCCUGGUUGUCCCUGAUUGAGAACCAUCCUUAGGUAGCCUGGUUGUCCCUGAUUGAGAACCAUCCUUAGGUAGCCUGGUUGUCCCUGAUUGAGAACCAUACUUAGGUAGCCUGGUUGUCCCUGAUUGAGAACCAUCCUUAGGUAGCCUGGUUGUCCCUGAUUGAGAACCAUACUUAGGUAGCCUGGUUUCACUUUUGAGUUGUGGGUAGUUAUUUUCUGUUCUGUGUUUUGUUUCACCGUUCAGGACUGUUCGUUUUGUCAUUUUAUUGUUUUGUUCAUUGUUUCUUAUUAAAACAAGAUGAACACUUACCACGCUGCACCUUGGUCCUCUCCUUCAUACGACGACCGUUAUAGUAUUGGAGCUAUAUAGAACGGCUGCUUCUUUUUGGUGAUUUAAUAACCUUCCCGAACACAGCUGGAUCGCCACGAGGGUCAGACAUGUAAUUCAUUAAAUUUGCU